GAUACGACACUUUCUCAGUGGAGGCAUUGUUAUUACUUAAAUUAUAAACAAAUUGUAAAGAAGUAACAGGCAACACAAACAGAAAAAUAUUUAAGGCCCCAAGUGGUCCAAGUGCAACACCAGCCACAUCCUGAAGACCUGGACGAUGGCGGCGACCGCAGGCGAUGUGGAGGAGUUCCUCAAUGGUCCAUUAGUGACCUGGCUUGGAACAUGUGUGAAAAGACCAGAGGGUCUCCAAGUCUAUGAGAGCUUCCACGACGGCGGGCCCAUCAUCGAAGUGCUACUCCAGAUAGACCCAGAGCCAGCCCAGCCAGUGCCUACAUUAUCCAACCUACAAGGACUGAGUAUCAUUGCUUCCCGAAUCAAAAUCUUCCACAGCAUUAUAAAGAAUGUAAAAACAAUCUACGAGCAAGAAUUGGGCCAGGUUGUGAUUGCGCUGCCGGAUUGCGUCGCGAUUGGUCGUGCGCCAGGCUCACAGGAAUCUUUAGAGCAUUUAAAAUUGUUAAUUUUACUUUUGCUUGGAUGUGCGGUUCAAGGACCAACAAAAGAGAUUUUUAUUACUCGCAUUAAACAGUUGUCUUUGGAGGCUCAACAUGACAUUGUAGAAUGCAUUAAAAGGGUAACUGAUGAUCAAACAAUUGUUUUGACACAAGACUGGCCCGAACAGUCUUUGCAAAACAUCUACGGCCAUCUGCGAACGUUAACAAGCGAAAGAGAUUCGCUGUUUCAACACUGGGUGAGCGACCUUGGACAGGAAAUACCUGCGCCUGUCACCACCGAUAAAGACGGCUUUGAAUCUAAUCAUUUGGCGGUUGAGUUGGCUGAUUGGAAGUCACGACUGCGAAAACAAAGACAAGAAUUAGAAGAAAAAACUGAACUUUUGACGGAAUGUAAAGAAGAACUUGAACAUGCGAAUUCACUGGUGUCAAAAAUCAAGGCGGAAAAUACUGAAUUACUCGCAGAAGCUCGAAAAGCUAAGGCAUAUCGAGAUGAAGCAGAUGCCAUUCGAGAAAAAGCCGAACGCGCUGAUAAAUUGGAAGCAGAAGCGCAGAGAUACCGCGAGCGAUUGGCUGAUACCGAUUUUUAUCGUGUGCGCGUCGUGGAACUUCGUGAAGAUAACCGUGUUCUGCUAGAAACUCGCGAAAUGUUGGAAGCGCAACUUGCAAGAUCCAGACAACGUGCUGAGCAUGUUUUAGAACUUGAAGCUGAGGUUCUACAACUAAAACAAGCGAUUAAUGAUGUUACAUUGGAACGCGAUGCUGACCGUGAGCGAAUGGGUGAGUUAAUCGAUGAAAAUGUUCAAUUACAACAAGUUACGAAACAAGCACUACAAGAAAACAGCUCCAUAACACUAGAUUCUGAUCUGGAAGAGUCCAAUUCCGGUGAUAAUAGUUUAUCGGAACAGUUGACGAAUAAUGCGCAGGCGCGUGCGUUGAAAUUAGAACUUGAAAAUCGUAAAUUAUUAUCAACGAUUGAUUCGUUGAAAGAAUCAAACUUUCAUGAGAGUAGUAAGAAGUUACUAGAGAUUGAAAAGGAGAAGAAAAAGUUAGAGUUGAAACAUGAACAAUUACAAGAGAAUUUCGAGAGGUUAAGACAACAAAAUCGUGAAUUAGAUGACUUAUUCAAAGCGUCAAUUCAAGAAAAUAGAAAACUACAAAGUUCGUUUGAUUCAAAUAAAAUCAUCGCGGAUCGCCAAGCGCAAGAUAUACAAAACGAACGCAUAAAAAUCGAAGAACUAGAGAAAAAUAUCGAUUCUCUGACAAAAGAAAAACAAAGAAUUCAGAUAUUAACGGAUAAUAUCAAAAAACGAGCGGAUGAUGCCGAAAAAAGUCUCGGCGUUGUUUCCGAGCAGUUGGAAGCCGUUCAAGAAGUGGCAAACAAAGCAAAAGAAUACAAAACACAAGUGGAUGAAUCAAAAGAGAAGAUUUUACAAACCGAGAAGGAAAUUGCAGCCGCCCAGAGAGAAGUGGCUAAGUAUAAAGAGACAAAUGAGGUUAAAGAUCGAACUAUCGAUGAGCACCAUGCGCAGAUUGAGAUUAUCAAAAAAGAAUUACAGAGGGCGCUGAAAGACAGUGAUUCACUCGCGGUACAAUUAGAAAAACAACAGGAAAAUGAACAGAAAUUACAAGAAUUAAGUUCACAAACUGCAAUCGCGACUGUUACAAUCGACAAUCUACAAAAAGAUUUAAUAAGUCACAAGUUAACCAAUGAAAAAUGUAAGAAAAUCUUAGAAAAACUCGGAUUGAAUUUCGAUUUACUGGAUCUCGAUGUAAAUGUUUUGCUUGAAAAAGUCUUUAGUAAUCAAGACCUUGUCGGUACAUUCGUCGUCCGCCAACCGGAAGUCGAACAAUUGAGUAUUCAACAGUUGGAUGAACUUAAAACACUACAGAAAUCCAAUGCGGAUCUACAAAGUGCUAACGCGACACUCCAGGUUGACGUUUCCACGCUUACAAGUAAGAUUAACUCACUGCAAGCUCAACAAACCGCUUUACAACUCGCAAAUAGUCAACUGGUAGCCGAAAAAGAAGACUUAUCCAAGUUGAAUGAAGGUUUUAUAAGCAAACAUGACACUCUACUGCAUGAUCAAGUCACAAUUCGUACUCUAUACGAACAACUGAACGCAGAAUAUGAAGAAUUGACAAAAGAACAGGAACAAUUGAAGAAAAACAAUCGGGAUUUACGCAUUGAAGUGCGCACGUUGAAUGAAUCAAGUACAAGUCACGAGAAGAAGAUCGCUACGCUUGAAUUGGAGAAAGAAGCGUUGAAAAACGAGUCGAAGAGUUUGGGUAAUUUACGCACGGAACAUUCGAAGCUAAAAGAUGAUUUUCGUAAUCUGUUCACGGCGAAUGAUCGCUUGAAAACCGAAUACAAAGCAAUGCAAGAAGAGAUUAAAAAUUUGAAGAGUGAAAGCUGGCGAUUGAGGUUAGGUAACUCCGAAAUGCAAGGUGAAUUAAACACGCGUAGUGAUGUUGUAGGGACGCUGCAACUUGAAAACGCAAAACUACGCCAACACUGCGAUAUUUUACUGGAUAUGAAUCAUAAUUUAGAUACAGACAGACGCGCGUUGAUGGAUCAUGUAUCUAAACUCCUCUCACAGUAUCAUUCUCUAUUGAUGCAUUCGUUAGAAGACAAACAACAUUAUCACAUGGAAGAGAAACACUUCACAGAUAAAUUAAACAACCUCUGCCGGCAGAAAGAGAAACUAGAAGAGAAGAUCAUGGAACACUACAGGAAAUUAGACAAUGCUUCCGGUAAAAAGCGAGGAUUCGGCGCUACAUUAGCACGAAGAGUUCGUAGAGCUACAGAAGCAUUGAAUAAACUCCCUAAUCGUCAUCGUCGGAGUUGGCAUGAAGAUACAAUUCGACUAACACAAUCCGGAGAUUCCGGUGGUAAUGAUUCGGAUUCCACUGCAGAGGAAAAGCCGCAACCCACCUUACAACACGAAGCAUUAAAACGUGUCCCUGGCAAUGUCGGUAGUCUAAAACCACGAGAUGAGAUUGCACUUAGAAGAAGCCAUCGUGAUUUGUCAAGUCAUCGUAAUAGCAUCGCUGGUGAUCAAGUCGGACCGUUGAGUUUAGGUUCAGUAGGAACAAGAAGAACUGUUUAUCUAUCCGAGGAUGACCCCAAUACGUCUACACCACAGGGUAAUGCUGUUACAAGCAGUGCAAACACCGGCGGAACAAAUACACCGACUAACAAUGGCAGUGGUGGUGGAAAUCCGCCAUUGUUGGUCUACAAUCGUAUCUCCACUGUGAUCGGUGCACAAGCAGCGCCAUCUACAACCACAACUAACGAACAGCAAGAGAAAAGUAAGGUUAAUAAUACCACGCCCUCCGCGGGUGAAUUACGCACGUCGGAGAACAAUGCCAAAGAGAACGCCAUCUGGUACGAGUACGGAUGCGUUUAGAUUGUAAUAUUUUAGGUUAGAAAUGCUUCCUUUCUUCAUCGUAUUAAAUUGUAUAAGCAUAACGACGCUACGCAACAAUCAGGAUGAGAACGAAUCAAAAUUUUGUGAUAGUUUUACAUUAUUUGACAGCUAUUUCGAUCUCCGCAGCAACUGAUCAUGAUAAUAAUUAAUCAACCAGAAAUUAAUAGUUCCUUAUAUAAGAAUAUGUAUAUGUACUUAACCUGCGUCUUGCCUUAACCGACUGCUUCGCGCAAAUGCAACAACCGAUGUAUUUAAUUGUUAUGUACUUAAUCGAAACUUAGUCGUAAGUAAUUUAAUAAUUUAACGAACGCACUCAUACAUGACUAACCAUGAUGUUUAUUUCGUAACUUAAGUAAUUUAACCGUCAACUUAUCUAGUGCAUUAAGUUUUUUCGAUAGUUUUGGAAGAUUUGAAGACAUUUAUUGAUACGUUUCGAGCUGGUAGAUGAAAAACGAGCAAAUAAUUGUGAUUUUCGUGUCUUAGGCAAUACACAACUCCAUUGAUUGUCUUAUGAUGAUGCAUUUUUUACAACGUUUUAGACAAAUUUACCUCUAGAGCAGGUUUUUAUACUCGACUUUAUACCAGUGUCUUCUUUAUAUAGACAACAAACAUUAUUUAUACAAUAUAUGUAUAUGUACUUAUACAGAAUGCGAGAAAUAUAAAUAUGUAGCUAGAA